GAAACCUCACAACCUAUCUUUAUUGUGAGUACAAGCACAUUCAAGCAACAAUUUUAGCUUCCAAAAACAAAAACGUGUUCUAUAAACACAAACAAAUUUAGCUUAAAUCUUAUAUUACGACACUUAUUUGGCUGUUGCAUCUAAGACUUGUUCAAAUGGAGGGAAAGAUGAGUUGGGCUGUUGCUGAUGCCCUUGAUUAUAAGGGUUCCCCUGCAGACCGGUCGAAAACUGGUGGUUGGGUGCCUGCUGCCCUUAUUUUAGGAAUCGAGAUGUGUGAAAGGCUAUCGACAAUGGGGAUAGCCGUGAACCUUGUGACGUACCUAGUAGGAACUAUGCACCUACCUAGUUCAACCUCAGCAAAUGUUGUCACUGAUUUCAUGGGAACUUCCUUCCUCCUCUGCCUUCUCGGAGGCUUUUUGGCUGAUUCCUUCCUAGGAAGAUUCAAAACUGUCGCAAUUUUCGCUGUUGUACAAACUUUGGGGACAGCAAUGCUAGCAAUCUCAACAAAAAUCCCCGAGCUUCGACCACCAUCUUGUGACCCAAACACGAACGAGCCUUGCCAAAAGGCAACAGACUUUCAAAUGGGAGUCUUAUACUUAGCCUUAUACUUGAUCGCCCUAGGGACAGGUGGUCUAAAAUCAAGUGUAUCAGGACUUGGUAGUGAUCAAUUCGACGAGAAAGAUGACAAGGAGAAGGCUCAAAUGACAGCCUUCUUUAGUAGGUUCUUCUUCUUCAUUAGCUUAGGGACUCUAAUGGCAGUGACCGUGCUCGUAUGGAUACAAGACGAGGUGGGAAGAAGUUGGGCAUAUGGGAUUUGCUCUGUUUCAAUGGGAAUUGCUAUAAUCAUACUUUUGAGUGGCAUGAAAAGAUAUAGGUACAAGAAGAGUAUGGGAAGUCCUAUUGUUCAUAUCUUCCAAGUUAUAUCGGCUGCUGCAAAGAAAUCUAAGAUGCAAUUGCCUUAUGAUGUUAAUUACUUGUAUGAGGAUUCUCCUGAAGGACAUAGGGUUCCUCACACUGAGCAAUUUGGGUGCUUGGACAAGGCAGCCAUAGUAGGUGAGGGUGACUUCGAGAACGUUCCCGGUGGCUCAGCCCCGAACCCAUGGAAGCUAUGCUCGGUGACUAAAGUCGAGGAAGUGAAGAUGAUGGCGAGAUUGCUACCUGUGUGGGCAACAACCAUAAUAUUCUGGACAACAUAUGCACAAAUGAUCACAUUUUCUGUAGAACAAGCUUUCACCAUGGAGAGAUCCCUUGGGAGUUUCCAAAUCCCUGCUGGAUCACUCACCGUGUUCUUCGUGGCCGCGAUUCUCAUCAGUUUAGGCGUCUACGACCGCGUAAUUGUGCCCCUUUGGAAGAAAUUCAAGGGCAAGCCAGGUUUCAGCAGCUUGCAAAGAAUAGCAAUAGGGCUAGUCCUCUCCACACUAGGGAUGGCAGCCGCGGCAUGGGUGGAGAAGAAGAGACUUUCAGUAGCAAUCGCAGUAGGAAGAGACGAACUAUCACUUCCCAUAAGUGUAUACUUGUUAAUCCCACAAUUCUUCCUAGUUGGUGCAGGAGAAGCCUUCAUCUAUACCGGACAACUCGAUUUCUUCAUAACUCAAGCACCCAAAAGCAUGAAAACAAUGAGCACUGGACUCUUCCUUACAACACUUUCUCUAGGAUUCUUCCUCAGCAGUUUCCUUGUGUCUGUUAUUAAGAAUGUCACCACGAACAGCAAGAGUGAAGGGUGGCUUGCCGAUGAUAUCAACUAUGGAAGGCUUGAUUACUUCUACUGGUUGUUGACUGUCUUAAGUUUUAUCAACUUUGUUGCGUUUAUGAUUUGUGCUAUUUGGUUUAAGCCGCCCACCAAGAAGAGUAACUCUAUUAGGGUUUCUAAUGCUAAUGGUUCAUAUGGUGGUGCUGAGGAGAGAUGCUAAGAGAAAAGGGCCAAAGAUUAUGCAAGUUUUAUGGUGUUUUUAAGUGGGUUUUUAUGUGAUACUAGCUUGGAGUUAAAUUUUUGAAACCCAUGUGUUUUACCUCCAAAUUAAAUCCCUAAUGUAUAGUUUUAAAUUAAUCAAAGUAAGCUUGGUUCUUGCCGUUCUAAA